GGAGAAAACCGGAACCGGAACUUACAACUGAGUAAGGCGGCACAAACCCGGAAGUGAUUUUAACGUUGUGGAAACGUGAGGCGCCUGUGUGGAGCUGCUCUCAUUUCAUUGAAGACAGUCGAAUAGCCGAAACCUUCUAAAACAUGAGUUUGUUAAACAAGCCCAAAUCUGAGAUGACUCCAGAGGAGCUCCAGAAGCGAGAGGAGGAAGAGUUUAACACCGGUCCACUUUCAGUGCUCACCCAGUCUGUAAAAAACAACACACAGGUUCUUAUCAACUGCCGCAACAAUAAGAAGCUGCUGGGCAGAGUCAAAGCAUUCGACAGGCAUUGUAACAUGGUUCUGGAGAAUGUGAAGGAAAUGUGGACGGAGGUGCCCAAGAGUGGCAAGGGCAAGAAGAAGUCAAAGCCAGUGAACAAGGAUCGUUACAUCUCAAAGAUGUUCCUGAGAGGCGAUUCAGUCAUCGUGGUGCUGAGGAACCCACUCAUCACUGGGAAAUAAACCUGACAUGUAACACGUCUGUUCGAGUACAGGCAAUCUCCUGGACGCUCACACACCUGCUCACCUGUGAGCUCAACUCUCAAUGACUUCUCAGCCCGUGUUGAAGUGUUAAUUAGGCAUUUGAGCAAAUUAGAUCUUUUGCACUCAAGGAACGAUACAGAGUUUGCCUUGUGCUGUCACAGUUGUAUUUGGAUAGCAUCGUUGUGAGAGAUUGUCUGGUGAAAGAAAAAAUAAAAUACAAAGAUGAUGCCAUUUGAACCUUUUUUUGUUUAAGUUGUGUAAAAAUGUGCUUUUUUUCUAAAUAAAUGUUUGGGUAUUCAAACUUCUAAA